GGUUUCUUAAUAAAGUAUGAAAGGUUUAGGAAUUUUUCUUAUUGGAAUUUAUGUUGCUAUAUAUGGCAUAGCAUUAUUGACAGACCCUUGGACAUAAUUGCAUUAUGACAGAUCAGUUAGAUAAUUAGGAAUGAAAAAUUUAUAAUAAUUUGUUGCCUUAGGUUUGAAAGUUCGAUCUUUAUUUGGACUUGCUCAUAUUUUUGCAGGAUAUUGCUUAAUGAAUAAGUAUAUAUAAUAUUAAAGAAUUAGAAUAUCAUCAAUGAAAUUAAUUAUAAGUUGUAUAUUUGCAAUUGAUAUAAUAAUUUAAACAGGAUUUUAAUCAAUUCACUAAAUUUUUUAAGAUGUCAUUCUAAUAGGAAUCGUCAAUUAUGUUUGA